AUGGCGGCGUACAUCCUCGCUGCUAUAGCCUCCUCUUUGGGGUUCUCUGCAUCUCCUCCGGCUGCUCCUCUGCGAUCGUCGCCGACCCUCGAGGCCAACCAGAACGCAGAACGUACUAGUGCGCAGUCCAAGCAGACUGCUCACGAUUCCCAUCCUGCCGGCUUGUCGUGCGAUUCCCCUGAGGUCCAGGGUGACGCCGUGGACGAUUGGGAUUCAGAGGAUUCCGAGCCGCCUGAGGACUUUAGCAGCGAGGAAGAGGGUCACGGUCACGGAGAGGUGCAGAUGCAGAUGGAGGAGUCUUGGAGUCGUCUGGGCGUUGUGCCGACGAGGAGAGAUACGGGAGCUACCAUCCGACCGUCUAGGUUUUCACCCAGUUCACCUUCCGACUCUCAGUCUGAGUCUAUCCUUGGCCACGCUUAUAGUUCUAGUAGUUGUUCUGGUGUGGCAUCGAGACAUUGUUAUCCUCUUCGACGCGGUUCGACGAUCGAUUUGGUCACGGAGGCGCUCGACUUGUCGGCAGAGAUUGAGAUUUGUGGGGGGUCGGUUGCGCAUGGUGGGUAUUCGGAUGUGUAUAGAGCCAAGUGGACGACGACGACGGGGAGUGUGACUGGGAAUGGGAAUUGGAUUGUGAAUGGGGACGGGGUUAGUGCUGGUGCUGGUAAAGGAGAGGAGGUUGUGACGCGUGAUGUAGCUGUCAAGACUCUCCGGGCGUUCUCGCAGACGUCAAAUGUAGACCUCAAUCGAGCUCGAAAGCGUCUAAACAGAGAAGUCCACGUCCUGAAACGCCUGAACCACCCCAACAUUGCCGAGUUCUACGGAAUAGCGUUUCAUAAGGACGGGAGACCUUCGGUGGUGAUGAAGUGGUAUCGGUAUGGGACUGCGCCGGAAUAUUUGGCGAAGAAUGCGGGUGUGGAUCGGUUGGGGGUCGUGAGGGAUGUAGCAGCUGGAUUGGAGUACCUGCAUACGCUACAGCCGCCUGUCGUGCACGGGGAUUUGAAAGGGUCCAAUACCCUCGUCGACGAGAGCGGGCGCGUGGUGCUAUCAGAUUUCGGACUCUCCAAAGUCAUGGAACAGGUCCUCGGGCCAACAGGGUUCACGACUUCGACGUGCGCAGGAGGGACAGUCCGGUGGCUGGCCCCCGAGCUACUGUUCGAUCCUAGGAUGGAGGUGGACCCGUAUGACGAUGAAGACAUUGAAGCCGUCGAGACGCCUACUAUGGCAUCGGAUAUUUGGUCUCUUGGAUGUGUUGCGUACGAGUUGGCCACAGGAAAGUACCCGUAUGCGGACGAGAGGUACGACUACAACGUGAUGCAGGCGAUUAUGAACAAGAACCGGACCCCAGCUGACGUGAAGGAAGAAUGGACGGGAGAGUCUAGGAGGGUCUAUAGGAUGCUAAGCAGGUGUUGGGUGCGGGAGCCAAGUAAUCGAGGUAAUAUCAGGGAGAUUGUUAAUUUAUUACGAGAUCAUUAG